GAUCACCAAUGCGUAUAGUUCAGCAGGCACGGCGACUAGCGGGAAGUAACAACAUCCAACCGGAGAGUCUUUGAGAACGAUGGAUGUUCCUGGUCCCAGGAAUAAAACUAUUUGCAGAGAAGGAAGUGGCGAUGAUGGAGAUAAAAUCAGUUCUCUGCCAAACAAUCUGAUUGAGCACAUCUUGACCUUUCUUCCAUUACGAGAAGCGGCCAAGACCAGUGUCCUGUCAACUGCCUGGAGGCGCACAUGGGUGAAUCGUCCAUCGGUUGUAUUCGAUGACCAGUUCUGGAAACCAUACCCAGUUGAGGUGGCUGCUAAUAAGUAUGUCGGUAGUAAUGGGGUCUAUCCUAUUACCAUCGAAAAACUGAUGUUGAAUGUGUUCACAGUUCUCUGCCACCAUAGGGGACCCUUGAAGGAGUUCUCUCUUUCUAUCCCUCAACUGAGUACCUUCCCGGCUUAUGUUGAUCAGAUUUUGCUUUCCUUAUACGAUAAAUUUAUUGAGAGCUUAUUCAUUUGGAUCAAUGAAUACAAGGUUCCUCGUUGUCUCUUCUCAUUCAGGCAGCUCAAGAAGUUGCGUCUGUAUGCCUGCGCGUUCACUUCCUCUCAAAUUUCGUUCGAGGAAUUCAGAAUGCUUACUAGCCUUGAUCUUAGAUGGAUCAAAUUCCCAAAUGCUGCGCGGGUUUCUUUCAUCAUCAGAUGCCCAUUGCUUUUAACUUUCACUCUGAUAGCUUGUGACACCGCUAAUGGCACCUAUCUUGAUAUACUGAGUGAAGCACCCAGCCUUAGCUAUUUCCAUUGCGUGGGGAACUUCAGCUCUGUGUGUGUCAAGUAUGCUCCCCAUCUCAAAGAUGUUAUUGUCCAUCAGACUGCAAGGUUAGUUGAUCCUUCUAAGAGCAAAGAUGAACCCACUAAUUUCAUGAAAUUAUGUGGUGGUUGUCCAGCACUAGAGCAACUAUGUAUAGCGCUUGAGCUCUUCAGGGACUUGGCAACUCAAAAUCUUAUUACUCAACCGGGUCAAAUAUUUAUGUUAAUGAUGCUAAGGGAACUAAGGUUGGGUGAUGUGUGUCUCAGCUGUCCGAGGGAUGUCUGGUGUAGUAUGCUCUUAAUCAUACUUGCCCCAAACUUGCGAAACCUCAUCAUCACUACCAAGGCAAUGGCAACCCAGUACAUAGAUCUCAACCUGAUAUCUGCCAUACAGAGGGUGUGUGGACUCAAUAAACACAAAGCAAGCAAGCUGUUGAAAGUGGAGAUCAAUCAGUUGCAGGGUGUAAGGACAGAGAUGUGUUGCAUUCAAUGGUUAUUAGCUGCUUCACCUGAGCUUCACAAGAUGGAGAUCAAGUUUUCUCCUAAUUCACUACCUGCCGACCAGGUUCAGACUCUGAGGGAUCUGAAUGGGUUUCAGCGGGCCUCCAGCAAAGCUCAAAUCAUAAUAUAGCCACCCUGGUUUUCAGUAGCCAUUGUUCUUCUUAAAAUACUUGAUGCAUAGAGUACUUUGAGGUCUCGAACUUGUUCUGUAAAUGAUUGACAUGUUCAAAUCAUAGUAUCACCUUGAUAAAUGAACAUGCUCCCUCAUUCUUCUUCAAGGAAUUUGAAGCCAUUUCUGUGCUGUCUUUUCUGUUGGAUUGACUUGUGCAUAAUAUGUUCCAAAUGUCUUGGAGAGUGUGCGCAUGCCCAGGUCACUCUUGUUUUCUUUCUUAUGAUUAGAGGUAUUAUCAUUGAAGACUGGAACUGAGUGCUCUUUCGUUCAUGAUUUACAGUUUUUAUAUGCAAGGCUCAACCAUGACAGCUUGCAAGACUGCCACUUUCAAACUCGAGCAGGAGCAAACGGGUUUCACAGUGGAGACUGGAGAGGUUGAAGGAUACCACCUUAUUCCAGAGUUCAGCCGGGACGGGGAGUGGCAGUAACGAAGCGACUGCACCAAUAUUCAACAGAAAGUUUACAAGAAGAGAGCCAUUGACGACUAUGGAUGUUCCUGGUCCAGAGAACAAAAAUGUCUGUAGGCGUGAUAGUGGCAAUGAUGGCGAUAGAAUCAGUUCUCUGCCGCAGAGUAUAAUUGAGCACAUCUUGACCUUUAUUCCAUUACGAGAAGCAGUUAAGACCAGUAUCUUGUCAACUGCCUGGAGGAACAAAUGGGUGAAUCGUCCAUCACUCAUAUUCGAUGACCGUUUCUGGACGUCAUUUCCAGUUUUCGAGACAUCUGCUCAGCAUGAGGGGGUUUAUGUGGUCGAUCCUAAUAGGAUCAACAGACUCGUGCUGGAUGUGUUUAGAGUUCUCUGUUACCACAAGGGACCCUUGAAGGAGUUCUCUCUUUCUAUCCCUCAACUGAGCAGCUACCCUGCUCUUGUUGAUCAGAUCUUGCUUUCCUUGCACGAGAAAUGUAUCGAGAGGUUGUGCAUUGAGAUCGAUGGUUACAAGCUGCCUAGUCGUCUCUUCUCAUUCAGGCAGCUCAAGAAGUUGAAGUUGUUUGCCUGCGGGUUCACAUCCUCUCAAAUUUCGUUCGAUCAAUUCAGCGUGCUUACUUGUCUUGAUCUUAGAUCAACCAAGUUCCCGGAUGUUGCUGGGGUUUCUCUCGUCGUUAGAUGCCCAUUGCUGUCGGUUUUGAUUAUGGUAGAUUGUGGCAGUGCAUUCAACCGUCUCGACAUACUGAUUGAAGCACCCAGCCUCAGCCGUUUCCAUUGUGCGGGGAGCUUCAGCUCUCUGCGGGUCAAGGAGGCUCCACUUCUCAAAGAUGUGACCAUCUAUCAGACUGCAAGCUUUGUUGCUCAUCCUAUGGGCACAGAUGAUCCCUCUAAUUGCACUAAAUUAUGCGGUGGUUGUCCAGCAGUUGAGCGGCUAUCUAUAACAAUGGGGCUGUUCAAGGAUUUGCCAGCUUCAAAGAUGAUGGCUCAACCAUUAGCAAAGCUAAUGAUGCUUAAGCAACUCAGGAUGGGUGAAAUGUGUUGCAGCAAUCUGAGGGAUGUCUUGGCUUGUCUUUUGUUAAUGGAACACUCCCCUAACUUGCAAGAACUCAUCAUCGAUACCGUGAUAAAGCCAAGCCCGUGUGUAGACGUCGAGGUGAGACUCAUACAGCUGCUGUGUGAAAGCAGGACGUACAAACCAAGUAGGCUGGAGAAAGUUGAAUUGAAUCAGUUGCAGGGUUUAAUAUCCGAAAUGUGUUUCCUCCGAUGGUUACUAUCCGCUUCACCCGCGCUUGACAAGAUGGAGAUAACGUUCUCAGCAAAUUCACUACCUAGUGAACAGAUUCGGACUCUAAAAGCGUUGAAUGAGUUUCAGCGGGCCUCCAGCAAAGCACAAAUCAAAAUCAAGUGAUCCCACCCUAGUUUCAGUAGCCAUUUUUUCUUGAUCAAUAUAUGUAAUCUCUCUUAUAUGUUGUGCAAUGGAAAGUACUUUUGAUGGCACCUUGUUGUUGUGCAGGCCUUGUGACUGUUUUUUGCUUGCCUAUCACUAUUCAGGGCAAGUGUUGUAGUGUUUGCCAAUCAGAAGUUGAAGCCAAGUCUCGCGUAUUCGCGUCUAGGCUAAGUCUUAUUUUCUGUAAGGCAAUAUUGUGGCUUCGUUACUACAGUAUUCUGAUUACUAGCUAGCC